CCUCAGCUGCUGGAGCCCCCCAGAAGCCCCGGGUGUGAUCCUGGGAAGCUGCGGAUGUUGGAGGACGCUGAGGACUGGCAGCCCCGCACCGGGACCUCCCAGUCCCGCUCCUUCCGCAAACUGGCCCAGCUGACGGGCACAGAUGGCAUGGAGGAUGGUGAGGAUGAGCUUGUUAAAAAGCCCAGGGAUGUCCGUGGGUCCAGCUGGGGUAUGGUGGAGCAGCGGCAGCCCCCUCAGCUGCUGGAGCCCCCCAGCACCCCUGGGUGCAACCCUGGGAAGCUGCGGAUGUUGGAGGACGCUGAGGACUGGCAGCCCCGCACCGGGACCUCCCAGUCCCGCUCCUUCCGCAAACUGGCCCAGCUGACGGGCACAGAUGGCAUGGAGGAUCAUGAUGAGGUGUUUGUUAGGAAGCCCAGCCAGGUCUCCGUGUCAGACCCAUCUCCAGGAGCAGCGAUGAAGACUGAGCCGGGACUGGCCCCCAGGACCCCCACUGCCACCCCUGGCCCCACCAGCCGCCCACCCUGGGCUGUGGACCCGUCGUUUGCCGAGCGCUACGCCCCGGACAAGACAAGCACGGUGGUGAGCAAGCACAGCCAGCCGGCCACGCCGACCCCCAUGCAGAACCGCAGCUCCAUCGUGCAGGCGGCCCAGCAGGCCCCUGAGGGGCCCGGCCGCACCCCCCUCUGCUACAAGUGCAACAAGGUCAUCAGGGGACGGUACCUGGUGGCACUGGGACAUUAUUACCAUCCCGAGGAGUUCAUCUGCUGCCAGUGCAGGAAGGUGCUGGAUGAGGGCGGCUUCUUUGAGGAGAAAGGCUCCAUCUUCUGCCCGAAGUGCUACGACACACGCUACGCGCCCAGCUGUGCCAAGUGCAAGAAGAAGAUCACUGGGGAGGUCAUGCAUGCGCUGAAGAUGACCUGGCACGUGCAGUGCUUCACUUGCAAUGCCUGCAAAACUCCCAUCCGCAACCGAGCCUUCUACAUGGAGGAGGGACAGCCCUACUGUGAGAGAGACUACGAGAAGAUGUUUGGCACCAAGUGCCGUGGCUGUGACUUCAAGAUCGAUGCUGGGGACCGGUUCCUGGAGGCGCUGGGGUUCAGCUGGCACGACACUUGCUUCGUCUGUGCGAUCUGCCAGACCAACCUGGAAGGGAAGACGUUCUACUCCAAGAAGGACAAGCCGCUCUGCAAGAGCCAUGCUUUCUCCCAUGUGUGAGGGGUGGAAGUUCAGCUGUGCCCACCCAUGCCCCUGGCCCUGCAUGCUCCUCUCCCCCCAUCCUGAUGCCUCCAGGGAGCCAGGCUGGGCCCUUGGCCCUUCCCCUUGCUCCUGCCUCUUUCCUGGCAGCUCCUGGCCUGAAUUCAGCUGGAGACAGUGCUGGGUGCAGAGCCCUUAUAGCUGGGUGGCUUCUGUGCUUCCUGACUGGCCCUAGGAGCCCUGGGAAAGGGGACACUGCAUGGAUCUCCUGCCCCUGAACCACGCAGCAUAGUGGGCACAGCUGUGCCGAGGCUGGAAUCAGGGAUGCUCUGGCACAGCCAGGCUGCUCCCUUGCUGCCUGGCAGCUCAGUGCUGGGGCAGGGAUGUUCCUGUCACAUCCCUGAAUGGGUGAGGACCAGCCCCCUGCCACACUCUUCCUCACCUUCCCUGCUGUGUGCUUAGUACAUGGGGCUGGAAACCCAGCCCUGCUCCCCUGCCCACAGCAACCCCCCAGUCACCCCACAAACUGCUGCAGUGGCUUCCUGCCCUGGCUGCA